AUGUGGUUGGAUGAUGAUCGACUUCAACUGCUGCUUAAAUUUGUAAUAAUUACAGUAAAACCAGAAACCUCAUUGUCACAAUAUUUUCAGGCAAAGUUGGAGUUUGACAACUCUCUAGCGGAACGCACCCCUGCCGCCAACGUUUCUUCGGAAUCAAUUUUGAGAUGUGCCAUUUUCUGUGAGAAAGGAUGCGAGUGUUUCAGCUUCAACCUAAUAACAGGGGUCUGUCUUCUUUAUGAUUCAUGUUAUCCGUUUGGAAUGACGGUCAAUGAAACAGGUUGGCGUUUGUUCGUUAAUCUUUCCAAUCAAACGUGUUACGAAUGGGGUUCUUAUGGGGAACACCGAUACUGCUUUUCAAGUAGACUAAAUGAAUGGGAGGGUGCAAAGAAUGCCUGUAACAUGAUGAAUGCCUACCUUGUGGAGAUAGAGAGCCGUGAGGAGCACGACUGGAUCAAGUCCAAAGUUACAGAAGGAAGCUCAAGACAGUGGAUAGGACUAACUGAUGAAACUUCAGAGGGAAAGUUUUACUGGGAACAUUCCCGUAGUGCACCCAACUUCACCUUCUGGGCAUCGGGAGAACCCUUUGAAGGAGAAACUGACAAUUGUGGAGUCAUUAAACGUAGUACAGAUCGCUGGUUUAUCCUUUCCUGUACUAAGACAUAUUCCUUUAUUUGCGAAGGAUGAACUGCAAAUUGGAGUUGAAAUUUCAUUAAAAUACAUAUUUAA